AUGUCGCAAGUGUGCGCUUCGUCUUCUAAAUUAGCGCUUUCCUCGAUGUUGCGCAAUGUAUUCUAUGCACAGAUUGCAUCCAGUCAACCCUCCUACAUAAGACUUCUUGCUUUACAAAACACGUCUUCCAAUUCCGGCAGAGGUCGCAGGAAUACACGGGCUUUUUCGUCAUCGCAAAGAAUACCUUUCUCGAACGGGUCGAAGCCUCUUGCCACGAGCCACACUCAACAGCAGUUAUCAGAAACUACUGGAGAGGCAGCCACUUCUUCCUACGUUGACUUGACGGGCUCAGAACAACCACACAGUGAGGAGACUGGUGAUGUGUCGACUCAGCCGGUGUCUGUCGCACAUCAAUCGGCUGGAAAAGUCAAGCCGAGCAAACGAAAAGAUCGCCAACGUCAAGAUGUAACAAAAUCUGCCGGGGCUCCGAACAGAAACUCGAACAACGCAAAUUUGCCAAAGAAAGAUCGCCAGGAAAUAAUUUUUAAUCAGAAGAAGAAGAAGAAAGAACAUUGGCAGAUACAGAAGGAAGCUCUCAAGGACAAAUUCAAGGAAGGGUGGAACCCGCCCAAAAAACUGUCUCCAGACGCUAUGGACGGGAUCAGACACCUUCACGCCACGGCUCCGAACCAAUUUACGACCGAGGCUCUGGCGGACGAGUUCAAAGUGUCGCCCGAAGCGAUCCGGCGGAUUCUGAAGAGCAAAUGGCGGCCAACGGAAGAUGAAACCAUCGAUCGCCAGAAACGGUGGCAGAAACGGUACGAUCGAAUCUGGAGCCAGAUGGCUGAGCUGGGUCUCAGACCAAGGAGAAAGCGCGCGGAUUUCGAUUCCAAAAUUCUUUACGACCGCAGCGGGAAAGAUUAG